CGCCCCGCCCCAUCUUGCUAUUGGCUACUGUACCUCCUGCCCCGGCCCUGUGCCCUCCAUCGGCCUCUCAUUGACUACUGUAAGUGUCACUCGAAGGGACGGGGCAGGAUGAGCCUGGGAUAGUACUCGCCUCUCCUCGCCUCUGAUUGGCCACUGCCACUGCCACUCUUCGGGGGUUGGCCGAGUGCAAGUCAUGCCUCGUGUCCGUUGGCCCUCGCGGCUGCCAGUCAGAGGUUUUUGCGCGCUGAUUGGCCGGCGGCUCCAGCUGGUCCAGAUUCAUUCACCAUUUUGUCUGUUGGAGUAAAAGGGGCUCGGAGGGGCCGAGAGGGGCUCGGGCUGGACCAUCCUGUGGUGCAGGGGGGACCGGGCUGUACCAACCCCCUGGAUAGGGGGUAGGGCACUACUCGGCUCCCUCUCGGACGGGGGGCCAAACAGGUCCUGUGUGUCCACCCGGCCUGGAGGCUGGAAGAUGAAACCCGCGAGGAAGGCUGCCAGCUCCUCCUCUUCCUCCUCAUCCAGCAGCAACAGCCGCUCUCCCCCGUCCACCCGGGCCAAGACCCAGAAGCGCAGGACGUCUGAGGGGGGGCCCAAGUCGGCAGGGGAGGAGGAGGGGGUCGGGGGAGGCGGAGAGGAAAGCCCUGCCCAGCCCCUGCCCUUGCCGGGCCCCCAUCUCAUGCCAGUGAAGAUGGAUCCCGGCUCGCAAGAGCUGCCUGGGCAGCAGAGUGACCCCUAUGAGCCGCCCGACGGGGAGCCGGGGUGCGACGACCCCCCAGGGGAGCCCCCUUUGAGCCGCAAGACGGCCACCUUCAAAUCCCGAGCCCCCCGCAAGAACCCAGCGGCCGGGGAUGAGUGGAGCGGCUCCGAGGGCUCCGGGGCGCCAGGCGAGGAGGGCACCGGGCACUGCCCCUCCUCCAGCACCGACACGGCCAGCGAGCACUCGGCCGACGAGGAUGCCAAGGGAGCUGGGGGGGAGUUGUGGGGCACGGCCCCCGGCCCCAGCGACUAUGACCUGCGGCUGCUGCGUUCGCAGCGGGUCCUGGCCCGGCGCCAGGGCAUCUUCCAGCCGGCCGUGGUCAAGCAUGUCCGGCGUGGCCAGGACCUGGGAGUUCAGUUCACCGGCGACCGGGCCAUCACCUACUACGAGGGGGCGCUGGGCUCGGGGGCCCUGGACGUGGUCCUGGACACCACGCCCCUUGCGGGCGCUGUGGCAGUGGGGGCCCGCGUCUGCGUCUGCUUGGCCCCUGAGGAGACGGCCUACUACGAGGGCACCGUGCUGGAGGUGAGCCUGAAGCCGGCCUCCUACAAGGUGCAUUUCACCGGCCCUAGCCCGGUCCCCCGCAAGGACACGGUGUGGGUGCCACGCUCUGGCCUGCGUCUGUUGCGCCCGCCGUGGAGCCUGGCUGUCGCCGCGCCCCCCAAGCCAGAGGAGGAGGAGCCCCCCUGCCCUGAGCCCAAGCAGCCAGAGGACGCUGAGGUCUCCAAGAUCAGUGCUGGCGUGCGGGGGGCUGGGGAGGAGAAGCCCCCGGCCGCUGCCCCGCAGCUGUUGUCACCCCCCAAGUCCCCGGCCUUUGCCCGCCUGCCGGAGCAGGCCUCUCCGCUGCUGAGCCCCGAGGCGGGCGGCAGCCGCAGCAGCAGCGUGGUGUCGGUGGAGAAGUGCAGCACGCCGGGCUCGGCGCGCUCCCGCACACCCCUGACGGCCGCCCAGCAGAAGUACAAGAAGGGGGACGUGGUCUGCACCCCCAACGGGAUCCGUAAGAAGUUCAACGGCAAACAGUGGCGCCGGCUCUGCUCCCGCGAGGGCUGCAUGAAGGAGUCCCAGCGGCGCGGCUACUGCUCCCGCCACCUCUCCAUGCGUACCAAGGAGCUGGAGAGCCUGUCGGAGGGCCGGGCCAGCGGGCUGCGGGAGGGCAGCGCCGAGUUCGACUGGGAUGAGACGUCCCGCGACAGCGAGGCCAGCAGCGCCCGUGGCGACUCCCGCCCCCGCCUGGUGGCACCGGCCGACCUGUCCCGCUUCGAGUUCGACGAGUGCGAGGCAGCCGUCAUGCUGGUGUCGCUGGGCAGCUCGCGCUCAGGCACCCCGUCCUUCUCGCCCGUCUCCACCCAGUCGCCCUUCUCACCUGCCCCCUCGCCAUCCCCCUCACCCCUCUUCGGCUUCCGGCCCGCCAACUUCAGCCCCAUCAACGCCUCGCCUGUCAUCCAGCGGGUGGCCGCCCGCAGCCGCCACGUCAGCGCCAGCACGCCCAAGGGGGCAGGGGGUGGAGUGCUGAGCCCCGAGAUGCUGCACCACGCCCCUCACCGGGAGCGGCACUCCUCGGGCAUCGUGCCCACCUUCCAGACCAACCUGACCUUCACCGUGCCCAUGAGCCCCGGCAAGCGCAAGGCGGAGGCACCCCAUGGCGGGCCGGGUGGGGGCGCCGACUUCCAGAAGAGUGACAGCCUGGACUCAGGGGUGGAGUCGGUCUCCCACACCCCCACCCCCUCCACGCCUGCCGGCUUCCGGGCCGUCUCGCCCCCCGGCCCUGGGCCUUUCUCCCGCUCCCAGCAGGCCUCACCGCUGCUGCUACUCUCUUCGCCAGCAGGGCUGACCUCCGACCCCAGCCCCACGGUGCGCCGGGUGCCAGCUGUGCAGCGGGACUCACCCGUCAUCGUCCGCAACCCCGAUGUGCCGCUGCCCUCCAAGUUCACAGAGAAGCCACGGGAGGGGCGGGCCGGCAGCCCUCGGCUGGGCAAGGUGGGCACCAAAGAACAGCUGCAGGUGCCGGUGCCCAUCAAUAUGGGGCGGGCGCUGCCCUGCAGCCAGCCUAGCGCCGUCCCGGCCCCAGAACAGGCGCCCCCCGUCUUCAGUGUCUCCUCCCCCUUCCAGCCGGUCGCCUUCCACCCCUCCCCGGCCGCCCUGCUGCCUGUCAUUGUGCCUAACGACUACUCCGGCCCGCCGGCCCCCAAGAAAGAGAUCAUCAUGGGCCGGCCUGGCACAGUCUGGACCAACGUGGAGCCGCGCUCUGUGGCCGUGUUCCCGUGGCACUCCCUUGUGCCCUUCCUGGCCCCCAGCCAGCCGGACUCCUCCCUCCAGCCCAGCGAGGGGCAGCAGCCUGUCAAUCACCCCCCGGUGUCCAAUCAGAACAAAGAGCCUCCAGAAUCAGCGGCCAUUGCCCAUGACCUCCCGGGGGCGGUGGCGGGGGCUGAGCUGGGGGCUUCCCGCCCCAACAGUCCAGCCUCAGCCCCCCAGGCCACGGCAGCGGUUGGAGGGGGAGAGGGCCCCUCCCAGCUCGAGGACGAGGCCCUGGGACCCCCAAGGCUGGACAGCGAGACAGAGAGUGACCACGAUGACCCGUUCCUGUCGAUCGUGUCCCCCGAGAUCCAGCUCCCUCUGCAGCCUGGGAAGCGCCGGACACAGUCGCUGAGUGCCCUGCCCAAGGACCGAGACUCCUCCUCCGAGAAGGAUGGGCGCAGCCCCAACAAGCGGGAGAAGGACCAUAUCCGGCGGCCCAUGAACGCCUUCAUGAUCUUCAGCAAGCGGCACCGGGCACUGGUGCACCAGCGGCACCCGAACCAGGACAACCGCACCGUGAGCAAGAUCCUGGGCGAGUGGUGGUACGCGCUGGGACCCAAGGAGAAGCAGAAGUACCAUGACCUGGCCUUCCAGGUGAAGGAGGCACACUUCAAGGCGCAUCCCGACUGGAAGUGGUGUAACAAGGACCGGAAGAAGUCGAGCUCGGACGCCAAGCCCUCGGCACCGGGGCCUGGCGGGGGCCCCAAGGAGGCGCGGGAGCGAAGCAUGUCGGAGACAGGCACGGCUGCUGUGCUGGGAGCCUCCUCGGAGAUCCCGGCGCUGGCAGGGCCAGAGGGCAAGGCAGGGGCCACAGGGCACGUGCCUGGGGAGCGGCUGAUCCACGUGCAGGGGGCUGGGGCGCAGCGGCCCCGGGCCUUCUCCCACAGUGGGGUGCACGGGCUGGAUGCCGGAGAGCGGGACAGCCAGGCGCUGCAGGAGCUCACGCAGGUCUGUUCCGGCCCGUCGCCCUGCCCCGCUGGGAAGGGGCAGCAGGGGGGGCCGGGCCCCUCGGGGGCCCCAUUCGCAGCACCAGCUGACGGCCCCCGGCCCCCCCUGCUGCCGCCGGCGCCCCCCCCUGCCCGCUGCCAGCGCCUGGCCAGCGAGGACAUGACGAGCGACGAGGAACGCAUGGUCAUCUGCGAGGAGGAGGGGGACGAUGAUGUCAUCGCAGACGACGGGUUCAACCCGCCCGACAUCGACCUGAAGUGCAAGGAGCGAGUGACAGACAGUGAGAGCGAGAUCUCCUCGGGCGAGGAGCCCGACGGCCAGGGCUUUGGGCGGAAGCUCUUCUCCCCGGUGAUCCGCUCCCCACCACUGCCACCCUCCUCGGGUGCCUUCGCUCCCUGCCGCCCACCAGCCCCCCCUGAGCUAGACCUGCCCCACGGCCCCGCCCAGCCCUACAGCCCCUUCCCGCUGGCGCUUGGCCCUUUCAAGGCCCAGGACUCACGGGGGCCCCGGCCCCCCGCCCCUCCGCCUGCCAAACGCCCUGAGCCAGCCACCCCCUACCGCCGGAAGCGGGCUGACAGCGCCGGGGGGGCUGAGCCGGGCGCCGCUGGGCCCUCGGUCAUCUCCUCCCCGGGGGGGGUGCUGCAGGCGCUGGUGCUGCCGGAGCCGGGGCGCCUGUCUGCGGGCACCGUGCUGGUGCCCGCCCCCUCGCUCAGCAGCUGCGGGGGGGCGCCGGGCCUGGCGCGCACCGCCUCCACCGUGGUCACCAACGUGGUGAAGCCGGUCAGUAGCACCCCUGUGCCCAUCGCCAGCAAGCCCUUCCCCCGGGGGGCGGGCGAGGGCGGGCCCCUGCUCAGUCCCCCGCCCCUGGAGCCAGCCCCGCCGCCCCUGGCCGUGCUGGGGGGUGCCAAGCCGGAGGCCGUGUCUGUGGGUCGCAUCGGCCUGCUCUACGCCGACAAGAAGCCCCCGCCUGCCGCCAGCCAGGCCCCGUCCCCCCACGUGGUGGUCGGGCCGAUGAGCAAGGUCCCAGCGGCCCCGGGAAACAUGGUGACCAACCUGCUGGUGGGGCAGGCAGGGGGCACGGCGUCCGGGCCGGCUCCCGUGACCGUGUUGCCGCCACAGCCCUCGGUGCAAUUCAUUACCCAGAACCCCCCGGGGGCCGGCCCCAAUGGGCCGGUGCCCCUGGGCAUCCUGCAGCCCCAAGGCCUCCUGUCGGGGGCGCCAGGCAAGGCUGGGGGCAUCACCCAGGUGCAAUACAUCCUGCCCACCCUGCCCCAGCAGCUGCAGGUGGCUGGGGGCAAGGGGUCAGGGGCUGGAACCGCCAGCAUCCACUUCACCCUGCCCCCCACCAGCAGCAAGGUCCUCGCCACCGCGCCCCACGGCCUGCCCAUCCUCCAGCCCGGGCCCGGCAGCGCCAGCACCGCCGUCACCGUCGUCUCCACCGCGCCCAAAGCCCAGUCGGUGUCUCCGGUGCAGGCCCCGGGCCCCGGCGGCUCGGCCCACCUGGUGCAGGGGAAGGUGCUGGUGCCUGUGGCAGCCCCCCAGGUGACGGUGCGGUCCGGGGGUGGGGCCGGCCCGAUGGCCCAGGUGGCGCCGCCCUUCGGCGUGCCCCUGCAGAACGGAUCCCAGCCCGCCAGCAAGAUCAUCCAGCUGACGCCACUGACCCCCGCGCCGAACAGCGCUGCCCUAGCGCCCCCCCUGAGCCCCGCCACGGCCCUCGUGGGACCCCACAGCCAGGCCCAGAAGGUGCUGCUGCCCUCCUCCACCAGGAUCACCUAUGUGCAGUCCACAGGCGGGCACCAGCUGGCCCUGGGCACCUCGGCCUCCCCCUCGCAGGCUGCCGCCACCCCUGCCGCCACCUAUGUGCAGGCCCCUGUGGGGCCGGCCCCCAUGGCCCUGGGCUUCACGGCCAUCGGGCCCAGCGGGCCGGCCAUUGUGCAGCCGCUGCUCUCGGGGCCCCUCGCCUUCCCCCCAGGGCCUGCCCGGCCCCCCCGCCCCCCACCGAAGCCCCCCCAGAAGGUGAAGGCUGCCAUCGCCAGCAUCCCUGUGGGCUCCUACGAGUCGGCCCCGUCACCGGGCCCCACUCGGCCUCUGGGGGGGCAGCAGACGGAGCCCGGAGGGCCCCCCCGCAUCCCCCGGGAGCUGGAGAGCCCCAGGGAGCCUCCAGAGCCGCCUGCCUCCUCCUCCCCGCCCCAGACCCCUCAGCCCAGGCCAGCUCCAGAGCCAGAGAACUGGGAUGGGCACCCCCCCUCGCCCAUGCCCCCCCAGCACCCAUCGCCUGAGGCUGAGAGUGGUGAGGGCUGGAGCCAGCGGGAGGCAGCACCGGGGCCCAGUGAGGAACGAACACCCAGAGAGCCGGCAAGUGCCCCUGGAGCUGCCCUGGGGGCAAAGGGGCCCGAGACGACCCCCCGGGGGCCUGUGUCUCCUGACUGGAGGGUCCCGGGUCCUGAGAGCCGCCCUGAAGCCCCAGCUCCCCCGGCUGGCCCCUCCUCGUCGUCUGCACUCAGCCCCACCCCUGCUGGCUCUGGGGAUGGGUCCCGGGGGGCAGGUCCCACUCCCAGUGUGCCUGAGGGCCCAGAGCGCAAGGAGGGGGCGGGCGGCAAGAAGGUGAAGGUCCGGCCUCCGCCGCUGAAGAAAACCUUCGACUUGGUGGACAACAGGGUUCUGUCCGAGGUGGAUUUCGAGGAGCGAUUCGCCGAGCUGCCCGAGUUCAAGCCCGAGGAGGUUCUGCCCUCGCCCACGCUGCAGUCCCUGGCCACCUCGCCCCGCGCCAUCCUGGGCAGCUACCGCAAGAAACGCAAGAACUCCACCGACCUGGACUCCUCCACCGAGGACCCCAUCUCGCCCAAGCGGAAGAUGCGGCGCCGCUCGAGCUGCAGCUCAGAGCCCAACACGCCCAAGAGCGCCAAGUGCGAGGGCGACAUCUUCACCUUCGACAAAACAGGCACGGAGGCGGAGGAUGUGCUGGGGGAGCUGGAGUACGAGAAGGUCCCGUAUUCGUCGCUGCGCCGGACCCUGGACCAGAGGCGGGCGCUGGUCAUGCAGCUCUUCCAGGACCACGGCUUCUUCCCCUCAGCCCAGGCCACGGCCGCAUUCCAGGCCCGCUACUCCGACAUCUUCCCCACCAAGGUCUGCCUGCAGCUGAAGAUCCGCGAGGUGCGGCAGAAAAUCAUGCAGUCGGCCACCCCCACAGAGCAAGCACCCAGCACACCCGAGCCGGGGGGCCCGGGCAGUGGCAGUGCCGCGGAGGGGCAGCCCCCAGAGCCUGUGCCCCCCCAGGACUCGGACCCAGGGGCGGAGGCUGGUGGCAGCACCAGCUGGGACAAUAGCCAGAUGUCUCCCCCGGGGGGUGCCGCAGGCAGCAGCAGAUGAAGGGCCUUGAGCGGCACGGCUGGAAGCAAAGCAUUCUGGGAGCUUCGCCCGCCUUCCUGCUACACCCUGGCCUGACUGGCUCCCCCAGGAUGGUCCACUCCGCCAUGGACUGCAGCGCCCCCCUGCACGGAUGGUCUGUUCCACCACGGGCACCAGCGUCUGCCCCCCACAGCCAGGAUGGUCUGCUCUGCCACAGGCACCAGCGCUUGCCCGCUCCUCAGCCGAGAUGGUCUGCUCCACCAUGGGCACCAGCACCUGCCCGCCCCUCAGCCGGGAUGGUCUGCUCCGCCAUGGGCACCAGUGCCUGCCCCCUACAGCCAGGGUGGUCUGCUCUGCCACGGGCACCAGCGCCUGCCCGCCUCUCAGCCAGGAUGGUCUGCUCCGCUAUGGGCACCAUUGCCUGCUCCCCCCAGCCAGGAUGGUCUGCUCCCCCAUGGGCAUCAGCGUCUGCCUCCCCCAGCCAGGAUGGUCUGCUCCGCCACGGGUACCAGCACCUGCACCUCCCCACCCCCUCAGCCAGGAUGGUCUGCUCCGCCAUGGGCACCAGCACCUGCCCCCCACAGCCAGGAUGGUCUGCUCCACCACAGGUGCUCCUGCUUCCCCCUCUGCCCCCAGCUGGGAUGGUCUGCUCCGCUAUACCAGUGGCUCUCCCCAUCCCCAUGGUGGCACCCAGACCCACCCAUUGCAGGCUACUGGCCCCGCCUCUGUCACCGUGGGAACUGCGGGGGGGACAUGAACACCUGCAAAGUGACGACUUUUAAUAAUGUUAAAUAUUUUGAGACCUGA